CGGCACUCGAAGCAUCUAGAACAAGAUAGCAGCCUCCCGGUUGCUUCUGUCUUUUUCGCAAUCACCGCUGUCUGUACGGUCUCGUCGCAUACCAGCUUUACCAGUGACUCUCCGUGUGCAUAUAUAACACACGCAAGAACGAACUCGUGUUUGAUUUUUCCGCUGCUACGCGCUGCCUGUGGUGUCGUGUGCGUGGGAACAUCAAGCCGGCUUGCUUCAAACCUGAGGAGUGAUACGACCGGCUCCUCAAGUUGUCUUCUCAGAACGGUGGGGUAUAUCAGGACAGUUUGACAGCUCUUCGUUUUCUUCAAUCUUCACUUUCGCGUCGUAGUCAGUGGCGCUGAUUGGACAUCGUCGGGACUUGUGACGUGAUAUUCGCUAAGUGAGCACUGAGGCUGUCAGUGGAGACGUGGCAUCUUUCUUCCUCCGCUCCCGUCGAUCCACACCAAGGCCCACAGGAUGCGCGUGCAAUGGGUCAGUGUGUCCCUUGUGCUGCACUGCUGGCUACUCCUGGUCCUGCUGCUGUCCUGCUCGGCGGCAGACUCGACCACGCUGAACAGCGCCGGUCAGAGCAUCCACGACAUCAAAGGAAUACCGCAGGUGACCAAAAAGGGCAACCCGUUGCUGAUGCUGAUGGAGCCGGCUCUGCCGGCGCUUAAGUACAUGCUUCCGCUGGUGGCCCUGCUGGCUCUGCCCGAACUGCUGAGCACGGCGCUGACGAGCCUGCGGAGCAUGGCGGCGAUUAACGCGGGCGCCUACACCGUUCAAGCCCGGCGCAGGGGCCGAAGGGGCACCAUGGACGCAGGCCUAGGAGGCGGCACGGUUCCAGGUGGCAUCGACUACAUCCAGGGCGCCCAGCAAAUGAUCACCCUCCUGACGCGCCUGGACGAGGCCGUGCAGCGCUACGGCCAGCAGGAUGCCUCUUGCCAACUGAAGGCCAUGUGCGAGUUUCACCGCUCCGCGAUGAGUCCCGAAGCUGGAACCGUAGCGAAGAACAUCAUCUCUAUGCUCAAGGCCGACGGCCGUGUGGAGAGGUCAGCGAUGCCGGAUGAUCAGAAGGCUGCGAUGCAAGACUUCCUCAAAGCUGCCCAGAACGGGCUGCACCAGCGGAACUGCUCACGCAUCUACAGCGACUGCCACGACACCACCACCACCUAACUAGGAUCGCUAGCUAAUUAAUCUACUGGUCGUCCAUUUCGGUAUUUCCUUUUUUUUUCGCAUGUUCGCCCUGGAACCAACAAUGCUGCGAAAUCAACGAGCCAAGCCAUGUUUUCAGGAGCCAAUUGUGGAGGUGCAGGUGAAGAUACCGUGCGCGUUUUGUGAGUGCCGAAGGCGAAGGACUGCAAACUGAAAGUGACAGUUGCUUAGUGCUCUCCGUGGUGAGGAGAUUCGCUCCAGCAAAAGGCUGCAGAAUUCAUCUGCAUCGGCAACACGGAGCUUGGUGACGUUAUAAAGAAUGUGUCGAAAGUUA